GUAACCAGGCUGGAUGUAGACGGACUAGAGGAGGUCGUAAGUUCCACAAUAGUUAUGAACAUGUUUUUAAAAGAAAAUCAAAAUGCGUAAAAAAUAUUAUGGUGAUUAUGUAACCCACUUACAUUAUCGUCGGACCUGGAUAAUAGUCUUAGGUAGCGAGCCCAAUAAUCUAAAAAGAGGAGGAUUCAAUAAGGUUAUGAUAUUUUAAAUGUUUUGUUUUUACCUUCUGUAGAGCUAAUAAUAUUAGUAGUAAUGAAAAAUAUCUGCAUAUUAUGCUUGAAAAAAACUGUCGCAAAAAAAUGUGCGGAGUCAAAACUCUUCAUAGAGCUCUUAGACGUACUUUUGUUGAACCCAUGGUGGAACAUUUCACAAACCCCUAUGUUAUGCUACAGCUGCAGCAUGAAGAUUGCCAAAGCAUUCGGCUUCAAAGCAAACUGUGCGUACACUGAAGAUUUGCUAGCGCCUCACAUUAAAACUAAAAACGAAUCGAAGUUAGAUCUGCGAACUGCUUAUUUGAGAAUGAAGAAAUGUGAAGUAGAACCCCAAUCUGCCAGAGGAUUUUAUAAUAUAUGCUGCCUCUGCAUCAACCUGAUAAAUGGUUCCUUCACAUUUUUGAUGGAUCUGCUGAAAGAUCACCACUUUCAAGACAAAUUCGAAAAAUAUAUUCCAGAGGUGGGUCUGAAAAAUAUUGAAGAUCCUGUCAUCUGCCAGCAAUGUAAUGACAACCUCAGGGAUUUCAUAGAAUUUGUUUCGUCUUGUAUGGCUACCAGUAAUGUAAUAAAAAAAUUUCGAGAAAAGAGAAAAAUCAAAGAUGGUGCUGAAAUUGACUUAGGAAGAGUACUUGAAGAAGUUGUGCAGGAUAAUGUGAGUCAAAUUACAAUAAAAGAAGAAAUCGUGGAGAUAAAUGAUGAAAUUGGUUCAGGCUUGCUAUCGAGUGAGGAAUGUGAUAAAAAAUGUGAAGAAAUUGAAAUAGAAAGGUAACUCAUUGUUCCUAAUGAUAUUUAUUGAAUAACGGGGUUCUUUGGAUGUACUAGAAAAAAUGGGAACUUCAUGAGUUAACGUGAAUUGGAUAUUUUGUACAUGAAACUUAACGAGAAUUCAAUUAAUGAGACCCUAUGGCAAUCUAAUACCGAUCUCGAUAUGUUAUAAUCAUUGUCAACUAAAAUUACCUAUGUGUUAAUGCAUCUAAAUCUAAUGUCAUGCUUUUUGGCGAGAAAUCGUUAAUCUGGCCUGAUGAAUAUUGUAAUAGAUGGAACAGAACUUCCCUUGAAAGGAGUUACAAAAAACUGCUUAUAUCUUGACAACAGCUCCAGAAUGCAUGCAUUAGGCUCUUUACAGGAAUGAGGAAAACGAGAACAUAUUUCACAUCUGUUCAGGGAUGUGGGUUGGUUGAAUAUGGAAUCCAGAACUCCCCAAAACAAAAAAACCCUUUUAUCUUUUCGAAAAAAGAAGCCAUCCCAACUUGAGAUUAAGGACACAUUCCACAAUACCACAACGUAAUACCUCUA